AUGGCCCCAAGAGGGCGCGAGGGCAAGGAGAGUGCCUGGGUGAAAAAGGCUCCUGCGGGAGCCGCCCCAGCCGAUAAGGUGAAAGAGCCCGAGAAUGGGGAGGACAGGGAAGGAGUCUCCAAGGGCAGGGAAGGCGGGAAAGGAAAGGGGCGGAAAGGCGAACGACCCCGACGAGAGCCGCGAGGGGAGGAGGACGGCGACGGAAAAAGCAAGGGGAGAGGUAAAGGGAAACACAAGAAGGGCGCUGGGGCCGAGGCGGAGGGCCCGAACUCCGACGAGGAGGAGAUGGACGAGCACGCCGCCGCCAUCAUGAAGAUGCUCAGGGCGGGGGGCCCGAAAAUCAUCCGCUAUGAGAAGGGGCAGCUGCUGUCGAUCUCCCGUCUGGCGGCCUCCAACGUGAAGCCGGAGCUGGACCCCCUCAUCGACAAGGACAAUAAGGACUCGGUCCUUCUCACCAGAAUCGCCACGGGCCGGGAAAAGCACGAGGAGGGCGAAGCAGGUGCGCAGCAGGGCGAGCAGGAGGAGGGCAGCAGGCGGAGGUCGAAGGCCACCGGCACGGGCCGGGAUGCUGACGUCGACAGAGAGACCGCCCCGGCAGUGGAGCUCACGGAGGGUGACGCAGCCGCUGCGGAGGAGGACGAGGAAGGGAAGCAGCGCGCCUUCGAGAAGUGGCUCGGGCGCAACAUGCCGAAGUUGGAGGCCAUGAGCAAAGCGACGCCUUCCUCAGGUAGUACCAACUGGAGCUCGACUCUGUCUGCCGCUGCACUGAGCGCAGGCAAAGCCGGCUCCAGCGCAAGUCCUAGCGCCGCCCAGGCCGCUCUGCUGCAACAGCAGGCCCUGGCCGGCUCCUUGGACGGCCGAAAUGCGGCCCACGCCAUGCAGGCUGCGGCCUACAUGCAGGCCAUGACUCAGUUCUUGGGCGGCAAGUGGCGUCUGUAA